AUGCACGACGUAGGCGAGGACGGGGAAGAGAAUGCCGCGCGGUCGUUGCUCGGUGACGGCGCGCACGGGCGGUCGAACGCGUCGUCGUCGUCGUCGAUGAAAGAUCUCGGAGACGACGAGCGAGCGGAGGCGUCGAACGCACACGUCGCGGUGACGCCGAUCGUGGAGGAUGGAUUAGAGCUCGCGAUGGAUGAUGUCGUGGCGUUACGAAUGCGAGAUGACGCGGGGAGCGCAUCGGACGUCGAGCGAGGAGACGGUGGGGACGGAGAGGAUGAGGUCGAGGGGAGUUUCGCGCGCGAGGACGCGUACGAGAGGUGGUUGGCGCCAAAGUUUUGGUUCACCGUGGGCGAUGUGAACGUGUUCGUCUCGACGUGGACGCUGUACCUGUGGAUGUUGAUUUACACGUUGUUGAUCUUGAUCAGCGCCGCGGUGUUUGAAUUGACGAUCGCGCGGUUUAUCCUGACGUCGAUGAUUUGGUUCUUGUUCCUGAGCGUCAUGUUCACGUGCGGAUACGGGACGAUGCUCGCGCACGAGCUCGCGCACGUGGUGAUGUGUAAACGCUUCGGAGGACGCGUGGAUGAGGAUAAGGGUAUUUUGCUGUGGCCGUUCGGCGCGCUCGCCUUCUUGCACCUAGACGGUCUGACGCUGUCGCAGGAGUUGGUGGUGACGCUCGCCGGUCCGCUCUCGCACGCGCCGAUGUUAGUCGCCUGGUAUGUACUCUCAAAGGUGACUCCCGGCAUCAUAGCGGAGUUCUCGCGUUGGAUGGCUGGUUUAAACGCGAUGUUCUUGUGUUGGCACUUUCUGCCGUGCUACCCGAUGGAUGGAUCGCGAGUGUUGGCGUGCGCGCUCCUGCUCACGAAGAAGAUUCGCGUCGAAGCCGCGGCUUGGUUGGUCGUCAUCGUCUCCUACGCCACCUCCAUCGCGUACAUCGUGAUAUCUUUACGAUACGACGUGAGCAUUACGCAAUAUUUUGCGUUAGAAAAUCUCGAUUGGAUCCUCGGGUCGAUGUGCGUCGUCGCCACGUCGCAUCUCUUGUGGCUCUUGCGAAACGACCGCGUGCGCGACCACCCGACGUUUAGCCGAUACGAGGUCGUCUACGACGCCUACCACGCCUUUGAGGAAGCUUCGAGACCGGAAGUUUUCCUCUGA